GUCUCUUUCACUCUUUCUCUCUCCCUCUCUCCCUCUCUCUCUCUCUUUCUCUCUCUCUUUUAUUUUUUUCUCUCCCUUACUGCUAGUGAAUAAGUAAAGCAAAAUCGCGAUACAGAUACUCUCGAUUCGACAUACACGCGGACGAAGAAGUCUCUCUCUCUUUCUCUCUCUCUCUCUCUCUCUCGCACGUCCCUUGUGUAUUUCUUCUACGAGGAGAACGAGAGGUCUCCGCGGUGAUUUCGGAGCAAAGGAAGAGAGAGAAUUGACGAGAGCGCGUGUAUCGAGAGAAAGAGAGAGGUAGAUACGAAGGGAGCGUGAACCGGGAGGUGGUGCCGGCUUUAUUCUCCGGCCGCGAGAUAACCACGUUUCGUGAGUGUCGGGAUCCCGGCGGGCGGGCCACCGGGCCACUCGAAAGCCCGAUCGAAAGUCGCGACACUAAGCGAGAAAAGAGAGAGCGAGCAUCGAGAUACUCGGAGUGGGAGACGACUAUCAUCUCUUUCUCUUUCUCGGUUGCGCGCUCUUUCUCUCUCUCUCUUUCUCUCUUUUACUCUCUCUCUCUCUCUCUCUCUCUUUCUCUCACAUCGUGAGUGCUUGUACAAUUGGCCGGGGGUGUGCAUUCAGUACCGUGCCACCGCAUACUACUGUUAUUACCCUCGUAGUAAACGCGAGGAGGAUUGAUCUGUCAAAACACACAGUGCAUUGAUGAAAACGAAAUCGGACGGAAGAAUGGAAACGAGACGACGAAUGUGGGAUACUGUGCGAUGAGAGGAACGACAGGAAUCCGGUUUAGAAAAACAAAAAAAAAAACCUUUUUGUGUGCCAAACUCCGCGAGACGGGAGGAGAUUAAAAAAAAAAGAAAAAAAGAACAACCAUCAUCGUUUCGGGGAGAGAGAACGCGCGUGGCAGCUUCGAGACAUCGGCGGCGGUUGAUGCAUAAGCGUUUCUUCGAGAGCGACCUGAUCGAUCGGGGGCUUUGAGAUUGCACUUCGUCAAGUGUCGUCCACGGGGACAGGAGCGAGGAUAAAGAAAUAAGAUCGAAGAAGAGCUGUUGUGUGACGAUGAUUCCGCUUUUCGUGUUUUUUUCCCGAGGAAAACGAAGACGGAGCGAAGCGAGUUAUUUGCUCGUCGCGCAGCCAGGCGCGAAUCGUUCAAACUGAAUCACCUACCGGCGAUCAAUCGAUUCCGCUCCCGAAUCGGAGCGCUCUGACGCGGCCUCCCGGUGUUGUAUUCCGAUAUCGAAGGGUGUUACUGUGUCGCCGAGAGAGAGAAAGAGAGAGAGAGAGAGAGAAAUCCGAGAGAUACAUCGCAAACGUCGUCGUCGUCGUCGCUGACAAAAAAAAAGCGGAGCAGCAGCGAGGAGUCGCACCGAAUUCCGGAAGGUGCGGUAGCUCAUCUACGCGUCUAACAGGAGGAGGAAGAAGACCGAAGCGCACGAUAAGAUAAACGGGAAGGUCUUCGGCGAUAUUCCAGCGCGCGACCGAAAAUCGCUCACGGGAUCGGGCGGCGGUGUGCGGCGACGGCGGCGUAUCUUCCUACAUGCACGAGCUGGCGAGAGCUUGUGGAACGCACGCGGUUCCAGGGGAAGGAGAGGCGGCGUGCGCGCGAUUGCAGUUUCCAGUCGCUCGCGUGAUAGGCGAAGCAAACGCUUCGUGAUCGGAGCACGCAAGUCGCCUUGGAAUUCGCGGCGCGCCGCGUGAAUAACGAUCCCGAUAUACGGCGUUGGCAGGGCGCUAUCGAGACGCGCGAUAACGCGCGAGGAAGCCCUUAUCGGGGAAGAAAAUGGUACGAUAGAUGUGCGCGAUCUUGUUUUCUACGGCUUCGUUUCGUCACGGCCGAUUUGAUUGAGGAGAGGAAAAACGUGUGAUGUGCUGACGCGCGAGAGACCACCGAACACAUCCGUCAUGUACCCUCCCGUGAGAGAACGACGAAAGCGACGGUGAAAUUAUUGGUAAUUUGUUGUCAAUCCCUGUGAAGAAGAGAGAGAGAGAGAGAGAGAGAGGAUCAAGGUGAAGGAGAGAUCUUCCGAAGCUCUCUGGUGCGGCGCUCUCCUGCGAGUAACAACAACAACAGAAUAGUGGAGGAAUAUAACAAAAUAAUUUGUUACGCGAGUGCGGAGUCCGUUGACGACGACCGAAGGUAUAAAUAUAUAUAAGUAACGACGCAACAGAGUAGCAGCAGAAGAAGUAGCAGCUGCAGCAGCAGCAGCAACAGCAGCAGCAGCAGCAGCAGCAGCAGCAGCAGCAGCAGUAGACGCGCAAAAUGUGGAAUAUGAUGUGCGACGUGAUGCCGACGAUCGCGGAGGACAGCAUGAGCCAGCGGAGCUCGCAAUUUUCCGGCGAGGACGGAAACUUCGAGCAGCUGAUGGUGCAGAUGCUGGACGAGCGCGACAAAUUGAUGGAGACGAUACGCGAGCACCAGGAACGGUUGCAGGAAACGGAAACGCGACUGACCGAGGUCGAGAAGGAACGGGACGCCCUGAAUCGCCAGCUCAACGCAAACAUUCCUCAGGAAUUUUCGCAACUGACGAAGGAAUUGGCGGCGGCACGGGAGAACAUCUUAGAAAGAGAAGAAGAGAUUUCCGAGUUGAAAGCGGAACGAAACAACACACGCCUCCUGCUGGAACACCUGGAAUGUUUAGUGUCGCGACACGAACGAUCGCUCAGAAUGACGGUUGUGAAACGUCAAGCCGCCGCACAAUCCGGCGUGUCGUCUGAGGUGGAAGUACUAAAAGCUUUGAAAAGUUUGUUCGAGCAUCACAAAGCUUUGGACGAAAAGGUACGUGAGCGUUUGCGUGUGGCUCUUGAGAGAAAUACGAGUCUCGAGGAGGAACUAGCCCAUACCAAAGAAGAACUCCAGCAGUAUAAAGUAAGCGGGCACACGCCAAAAGCUAUAGAGGAUAGACCGAAAGAAAACGGACAGGCGGACGAAGGUCAGCAGAACAAGAAUGAGACUGAGCAGACAGAAAACCAGCAGCAACAGCAGCACCAGCACCAGCAGCAUCAGCAACACCAAUCGCAACAGCAGCAACAGCAACAACAACAAUUGGUACAAAAGCCAGGUACAGAGAAGUCCGCUGAAGUCGGCAAUAGGCUCAGCAAUGGGAGUCUCGAUCCGUCCGAGCAGGACUCCGCGGUGCGAGUAAUAGAUUUGCAAGCCACUAUCGACAAGCAGAGUUCAGAAUUAAUAACGUGGCAACGACGAGUAGCGGAACUGAGCGGACGUGUUGCCGAGUUAGAAGAAACGCUGUCGAAAACGCAAAAAGAGCUUCUGAAGGCGCAGGAAACGGGCCUCAAAUUGCAAAGAGAUCUGCGGGAAAAUGCGGCACAAAAAGAGGACCAAGAAGAACGAAUAGCGACUUUAGAGAAACGUUACCUCAAUGCUCAACGGGAGUCCACUAGUCUUAAUGACCUCAAUGAGAAGUUGGAGCAGGAGGUACAGCAUAAGAAAGCUCAACUAAAGCUCCAAGAAGAGAAAAUCGCGGCUAUACAGGAAAAAUUAGAACUCGCGGAACAAAAAUUAACUCAAUAUUCUAAGUUACCAGAAAUGGAAGAACAAUUAAAACAAAGGAUGGAGGCUCUGACGCAGGUGAGGAGGCCCAACCAGCAGGCUCAGGAGAGGCAUGGUAGCGCGGAGGAUAGAAUCCAAAGAUUGGAAGCGCAAUUAGAAGAAAAAAAUGCUGAAAUAAUGCGCGUUAAUCAACGACUUAAAAUGAAUGAGGAACAUAAUACGCGUCUUAGUACAACCGUCGAUAAACUUUUAUCUGAAUCUAAUGAAAGAUUGCAAGUGCAUUUGAAAGAAAGGAUGCACGCUUUAGAAGAGAAAAACGCGCUAACUCAGGAACUCGAGAAAACGAGAAAAAUAGCGGAGGAUCUGCAAAACGAGAAAGCCGAUAUCGUUAAGGAAUUGGGAAAAGCGCGUCUGGAAAUCGAUAACGUUAAGAGACAGAUGCUUCAGCAGGAAAUUGCAUUUAACAUUCAACAAACGGACGCGCUGACGAGGAGUUUAUCACCAAACGCGGUAGAUCCGGGUUCCUUCUCGAGGAGCGCGAGUCACAGUAGUUUCGAUACGCAUUCGUUGCCCAGAAGAGGUGGUAAACGAUCUAUCGAAGACGAUUCGUCGAAGAAUUAUGUGGCGCGAACAUUAGCGGAGCAGGAAUGGGAAAAGUUGCAACAAGCGCACGUACUCGCUAACGUGCAACAAGCGUUUGACGUUUCGAGUGACGCCGAGGGAGACGGAGAUAACGAAAGUAUAUUUAGUUGCGCGGCUGACGUAAUUAGUCCUACCGGGCACACGGACGCCCAAACGUUAGCGUUGAUGCUGCAGGAACAAUUAGAUGCUAUUAACAAAGAGAUUAGAUUAAUUCAGGAAGAAAAGCAGAGCACGGAAGCACGCGCGGAAGAACUUGAGUCUCGCGUCGGCAGUCUCGAGCAUAUGAAUCUGUUGGCGAGAGGUCGAAGUUUGGAACGAGCAUCGCCGCCAUUGAGCGGACGUUCCACUCCAAAAUCACAUCACAGUCCAAACAGGGAUUAUUUGCAUAAGUACCACACCGUUAGUAAUCACGCACCUGCGUCUAUGUCUCCGGCGCAUCUGCAUCAAUAUGCCGCUUCCUUAGCUAGUCCGGGUCAACUGUCGGAAUCUCUUCCUGCUAGCCAGUUACAGUUGUCGGGAGAAGAGUUGCACUCAGUUAGUGAGAGAGACAGUACUGGCGGUGCGGGAAGCGGCGGUAGCGACGCGGCUUCGCCUCUAACGGCCAGAUCUCUGAGAUUGGAACGAGUCGUUCAGGCCUUGGCUCACAGUCAGGAGGAACUUAGAAGACGUACCGGACAGUGCGGAUUUCCGAGCAGUGGUUUCCCCACGUACAGGCAUGGACAUAACAACGGCGCACUCAAUUCUGGAACUCCUCCUUCCCCAUUGUCCUCACGCCACAGCAGCCAGGACAGUUUGCACAAAAACAACUUCUCCAGCGUUGGAUUGCCUAUCGCACAAUUGUCAACGUCGCAUUUGCACAUGCAAUCAACCAUGAGUCCCGCCACGGCUGCCGCGGUCGCGGCCGCGCAAAAAAAGAAGGGCAUUAAAAGCAGUCUCGGUAGAUUUUUCAGCAAAAAGGAAAAGAUUAAAGGGAAGGAUACACCGAUGCCGGGAGACGUACCGGGUAUGGGAGGUGCGAGUACACCAGCUGAUCCUGAUUACGGGGACAGUGUGUCUGUGGCCGGAACACUUGUGAGCAAGAGCGACUUCGAUCGCAGGAAAAAGAAGAGUCCAAGCAUGUUUGGUAGUAUGUUAGAUUCGUCGCGACAUGAGCUUUUGGCGGAAGCGAUGAAAGCCGGAACACCUUUUGCACUAUGGAAUGGACCAACGGUAGUCGCGUGGCUGGAGCUCUGGGUGGGCAUGCCGACGUGGUACGUCGCCGCUUGUCGAGCAAACGUCAAAAGUGGUGCUAUCAUGAGUGCUCUCAGUGAUACCGAGAUUCAACGGGAAAUUGGUAUAAGCAAUCCGUUGCAUCGGUUAAAACUGAGACUAGCUAUUCAAGAGAUGGUGUCGCUCACGAGUCCAUCAGCGCCAAAAACUUCUCGCACAACAUUAGCAUUUGGUGAUAUGAAUCACGAGUGGAUAGGUAAUGUCUGGUUACCGAGCCUCGGAUUGCCGCAGUACCGAUCCACUUUCAUGGAGUGCCUUGUUGAUGCUAGAAUGCUCGAUCAUCUUACAAAAAAAGAUCUUCGUGGUCAACUGAGAAUGGUUGACAGCUUCCACAGAACAAGUUUGCAGUACGGUAUUUCCUGUUUAAAGCGAUUAAAUUACGAUAGACAACAAUUAGAGGAAAGAAGACGAGUGGCAGAAAGUGCCAAUAUAGAUGUACUUGUAUGGAGUAACGAUCGUGUCAUAAGAUGGGUUCAGUCGAUCGGUUUGAAGGAGUACGGAAAUAAUCUCUUGGAAUCGGGUGUGCACGGCGCGCUUAUAGCUAUAGACGAAGGUUUCGAUGCUAAUAGUUUUGCAUUAGCUUUACAAAUUCCCACACAGAAUACGCAGGCGAGACAACUGCUAGAGAUGGAAUUUUCGAAUCUGCUGGCGGUAGCGACCGAGAGACGGCUGGACGAGAACAGUAGCAUGAAAUCCUGAUCCACCUCGUCAAGUCGGCUGCCGCAUAUUCAACCGCAUCAUGUCUAGUCCAAAACCCCAGCUAUCGCUACUAUCUAUGCGCAAAUGUGUUGUAAAAGUUGUAAAAGCUUUAAGUAUCACGCUAGGAAUAUCUUCAUAUUGUUAUGACAAAUGUGACAUUUGGUAAAUACCGAGGUGUGUUUUGACAUAAAAAGCUAUUAUAAGAUAAGCUUAUUAUGCAUUCAAUACGCUAGGGAUCCAUUUGAUCGAUUUUUACGCCGCGUGUGUGCACACGCGUGUAAAUUGCAUCAUGCCGCGUUCGUUGGCUAUGUAGCCAACGAACGGAGAAAGAAAAAGAAGAGGCGUACGAAUGAUUUUUCUUCCUUUUUUUUUUUUUUUUUUUUCACA